AUGGCUGAAUACAAUGGCCGCCGUGCCCCCAAUUUCUCGCAGUAUCUGGAUGAUCUGAAUGCCAUCCCGUCGCCCUACGAUAUCGCCGUCCAGCAGCAGCAAGAGACGUUCAACCUAGACAAUGACCUAUCGCUGUUCACCAACACCGAGUUCUUCGAUUUCGACUUGAACAUUCCGUCGUUUGAGCCUGUGGAGGAGAACAAACAACAUGUCAGGCAGAACCCCGACAUGGAGUUCUUGGAUAUGCUCGGUGAUGGGUUUGGCAAUGCCAACAAUGUCAACGACUAUGCCCCUCAGAUGAACUCGUCCAUGCCAGUGCAGAAUGCCCAGUACCAGCCCAUGCCGCAGCAACAGGCGCCGAAAAGGCUGCCUAAUGCGCAUGCCCCGGUGAACCAGUCGUCGCCGACAGCGACUUCCCCGUCUCAGCCUUCCGUUUCUGGCGCGAGCCCUACGUCCGAACCCUCGCCAACAGCGUCUGCGCCGGCCCCGAAGCGCAAGAACACCCAAAAGACCCCUGUUUUGAGUGUGGAGGAGGCUGCACGAGUUGCCGCUGAGGAAGACAAGCGCCGCCGCAACACUGCUGCCAGCGCCCGGUUCCGAGUUAAGAAGAAGAUGCGCGAGCAAACAUUAGAGAAAUCAGUCAAGGAAACGUCGGAAAAGAACGCUGCGUUGGAAGCCCGCGUCACCGCUCUCGAGCUCGAGAACCAAUGGUUGAAGAACCUAAUCACCGAGAAGAACGGCAAGAGCAAGGAAGAAGGCAAGAAGGCCGAAAGCGAUAUCUCGGAUAUGUUCAAGAAGUUCCUUGCUGCACAGAAGACUGAGGGCGAGCGGAGUAGCGGCAACUCCAAGAUCGGUGUCGGUACAGUCUAA